AUGCAGCAACCAGUCCAGCAGCAACAACCACCACCUCAGCAACAACCACCACCUCAGCAACAAACGGUACAACAACAAGCAACUCAACAAAAGUUACAAACACAGAUGAUCCAAUUAGCAUUACAGCAGCAACAGCAAUCCUUAUCAGAACAACAACAGCAAAUGUUACCACCACAACUACAACCACAACAACCACAACUACAACCACAGCUGCCAUUAACGCAACAGCAACAAUCACAACUGCAAGCACUGCAACAGCUUUCUUACUCGACUUCACAAGGACAGCAGCAACAACCAGGCUUACAAGUACCACCACAAGUCUUCCCCCAACAAGCGCUUUUAAAACAGGGUCAGCUGUUGACUCAAGCCCAGCAGCAACAUUUGAACAACUGUUUGCAUAACUAUUUCUGCAUGUAUUAUCAAGCAGUCGUUCAGGGUCUGCCACCGCCCCCUCCACCUGCCAACCUGUCAUCAACAAAAACAACAACACCAUCAACAACAACAACUAAUACUACUACUGCUAAUACAUCAGUGACACCAUCAAACGCAUUGCCAACUGUUGUACCAGCAACACCGCUAAACAACAGCAGCAGCAUCAACGUUAACAACAAUUCAGUUCUUCCCGCUAAUUCUUUGCCUGGCUAUACACUGCCCCAGCUCUCAACAUUUGCUGGAUUGGUGACAUCCCAGCCACAGCAGCAGCAGUUACAACAACUACCAACACCACUGAUGGCAACUUACAUGAACGUGCCCCCGUUCACUCAGUUGCCGUUCUCUCUUGCUGCCUUGAACUCUCUGCGCCCCACCAACGCCAACACCCCUUCCCUCAAUAGUUCCCAGUCCCCUCAAAAAUUCAUCCAAAACCCACUGCAGUUUCUAACGGCACAGCAGCUUGCACUAUUAAAUCAAUCUAUUAAUCAAAGGUGUAAUGGUGUUGUGGCUAGUAACAAUACUGCGGCCACAAUUACCACCGCCACUGCUAUUAGCGCUAGUACUACCGCCACCACUACCGUAGUCGACUGUACAACGGCGACUACUUCGUCGUUGUCGUCUUCAUUUGUUGUUGGCCAGCAACAACAGUCUGCAUCGGUUGCUUGUGAAAUGAAUGCCAUCAACUCUGGUAGCGGUAACAACAUCAACAACAACAACAACUCACAUAACAUCGAUAACACUUUCACUAACAAUUAUAACAGUAACAUCAAUAACAAUUUCAAUAACAUUAACAACAACAACAAUAUUAAUAAUAAUAUUAAUUUAAAUAACAAUCUCAAUAGCUUCAAUGCUCAUCUUUCCUACGGUUUCAAUAACAAUUUCAAUAACCUCAAUAACAUCAUUAAUAACCCUAACAAUCUUAAUAACAUCAAUAACCAUAAUAACAUCAUUAACCACAAUAACAUCAAUAAUCAUAACAACACUAAUAACGUUGGUAAUGUUACAAAUGAUAAAGUUCUUCAUCCUCCAUCCAUUCUGUCCAGUUCGUUUUUCAAUGCUUAA